AUGCAAGUUCUUUCUUACCUUGUGCUCGCUGUGUUCGCUAACAACGUCCCAAGAAUCAACAUUUACCAAAUCUCCAACCCGUCGGCGAACCCUCCCCUCUCCCCGUCCCUGCCGGACUGCACCCGCGAUCCGCUCUGCGGCAACGACGUCUGCGACCCCAGCAAGAGCCUCGCCGACCGCGCCGCCGCCCUGGUCCGCGCCAUCACGCUCGACGAAAAGGCGGCCAACCUCGCCGGCAGCGCCACCGGCAGCGCGCGGCUCGGCCUCCCCGCGUACCAGUGGCAGAACGAGGCGCUGCACGGCGUCGACGGCAGCACCGGCGUGCAGUUCGCCGCGCCCCUCGGCGCCGCCUUCAGCGCCGCCACCAGCUUCCCGAUGCCGAUCCUGCUCGCCGCGGCGUUUGACUACGCGCUGGUGCGCGACGUGGCCGGCCAGAUCGGCAUCGAGGCCCGCGCGGGCUUACUUCUGGACGCCCAACAUCGACCCGUUCCACGACCCGCGCUGGGGUCGCGGCUUGGAGACGCCGGGCGAGGACGCACGCCGCGGCGCGGGCUACGUGCGCGCGCUGGUGGAAGGGCUGCAGGGCGGCGUGGAUCCGGCGGUCCUCCGCACCGUCGUGACGCGCAAGCACUUUGCGGCGUACGACGUCGAGACCGGCCGCACGGGUAA